UGUGGGGGGAGCGAGAGCUUCCCUGCAUGUCUUUGCGAUUGUGUUUUCACUGGUCUACUGCAUUAAUAUACAAUGCAGUUUCCCUCUCUCCACUCCCUCCUUCUCUCCUCCACUCUUUCUCUCUGUGUGCUUAUCUUCACUCGCUCUCACUGCUCAAAUCUCUUUCUCCUGCCUUUGGCUCUACUCUCUACAGUGAAGAUGACAUCCCCAGUUUUGAUGAACCAGCGAGCCCCUCCUACUGGCCGGUGGCUACCCAGCAAGACCCCACAAGAUCGGGCUUUCUGGGGGAGGACUUGCCCCCUCUAAAGUGGUUCUUCAGCAAAGGCACUGACAGCACCGGCCAGGUCUGAAUUCUUGGCUACAACCCUCAGCUCUCUAGAUAAGACCUGUCCUGCUCCCUUGAAACAAACUCUUAUACACUAAAUGCAGAGGACAUUGAGAGAUACAAGACACAUGUCACAGGUACUCUUAGAUGGAACAGGAGAUCUCUCUAGUCCAGAGUAAGAUGUCUGAUCUGGAGUCAGUGCUGCAGCAGAAGGAUGUGGAGCUGAAAGCCUCAGAGACACAGAGGACCAUCCUGGAGCAAGACCUGGCUACCUACAUCACCGAGUGCAACAGUCUGAAGCUUAGUCUGGAGCAGGCCCGUACGGAGGUUUCCCAGGAAGACGACAAGGCACUGCAGCUCCUCCACGGCAUCCGGGAGCAGAGCAACAAGCUGCAGGAGAUUAAAGAACAGGAGUACCAUGCCCAGCUGGAGGAGAUGCGUGUGGCCAUCAGGCAACUGGAGGAGGACCUGUCUGCGGCCCGUCGUCGUAGCGACCUGUAUGAGUCGGAGCUGAAGGAGUCCCGUCAGACCAGUGAAGAGCUGAAGAGGAAAGCAGCAGACUGUCAACAGAGGAUGCAGAAGGCCAAGGAGCAAGGGAAAACUGAUACAGAGGAGCUUCUGUCAAAGCUGGAGAAGACCAAUGCUGAACAGCAAGUGAAAAUUGAGGAUCUCCAAGAUAAGCUUGCCAAGGCAGUGAAGGCAAGCAGUGAGACCACAGAUCUCCUCCAUAGUAUCAGGGUGGCUAAGGAGCGCAUGGAGCAUGAGCUGGAGAGGCUUCAGACCAAGGAGGACUCCAGUGACAGCCUCCAGAGACGCCUAAGAGAGAAGGAGGAUGGCAGGAGGACCCUGGAGAACCAGGUGAAGAGGCUGGAGAUAGUUGAGCGCAGGGAGAGUAAGCUGAAGGAGGACAUGCAGAGCAAGGCCCAGCAGAUCCAGCAGAUGACGGAUCAAAUCAUGGACCUGGAGGAGAGUCUGCGUGAGAGCCAGUCCACAGCCCAACGCGUGGAGACCCACCUGGAGCAGAAGGAGAAGCUUUAUGAAGAGAAGAUCAAGGUUCUGGAGAACCAGAUGAAGGCAGGCAUGGCAGAUAAGGAGAUGCUGGAAUCCAGUCAGAGCAAGUAUGAGGAGGAGGUCCAGGAGAAGUGCAGCAUCAUCAGUGAGCAGAAGGCGACCAUAAAUGCCAUGGACUCAAAGAUGGCCAGCCUGGAGCAGAGGAUUGCUGAGCUAUCUGAGGCCAACAAACUGGCAGCCAACAGCAGCAUCUACACCCAGAAGAACAUGAAAUCCCAGGAGGAGAUGAUCUCGGAGCUGAGGCAGCAGAAGUUCUACCUGGAGUCCCAGGCUGGGAAGCUAGAGGCCCAGAACGCCAAGCUGGAAGAGCACCUGGAGAAGAUGAGUCAGCAGGAGCAGAGCAACAAGAGCCGAGUGCUGGAGCUGGAGAACAGGCUGAGAGAGAUGGGCCUGGAGCACGAGGAGCAGAAGCUGGAGAUCAAGCGUCAGGUGACGGAGCUGACCCUGUCGUUGCAGGAGAGGGUUUCUCAGAUCAGCGGGCUACAAGCGGCACGCCAAUCCCUGGAGAGUCAGCUGCAGCAGGCCAAGUCAGAGCUCGAGGACACCACCGCUGAGGCUGAGGAGGAAAUCUGUGUUCUUAGAGCCCACCGAGACGAGAUCCAGCGCAAGUAUGAUGCCCUCAGAGACAGCUGUGCGGUGAUCACAGACCUGGAGGAGCAGCUGACCCAGCUGACCCAGGAGAACUCUGAGCUGAACCGUCAGAACUUCUACCUGUCCAAGCAGCUGGACGAGGCCACGGACGAGACAGAGGACCAACUGCAUCUGGGUCAGGAUGUGGACCGCCUCCGCCAUGAGGUGGCUGACCGCGAGAUGCACCUCAACAACCAAAAACAGAACAUUGAGACGCUGAAGACCACGUGCACCAUGCUGGAGGAGCAGGUCCUGGAGCUGGAGACCCUGAAUGAUGAGUUGCUGGAGAAGGAGAGGCAAUGGGAUGCCUGGAGGGGAGCCCUGGAGGAAGAGAAGAACCAGGCUGAGAGGAGGACCAGGGAGAUCCAGAGACUGCUGGACAACGAGAAGCAGAACAGGCUACGUGCUGACCUGCGCAACUCGGAAGCUCGUCAGUCUAUUGAGCAGGCCGUGAAGGAGCACAAGGCUGAGAUUCUGGCCCUGCAGGAGGCCCUCAAGGACCAGAAACUCAAAGCAGAGAGCCUCUCUGACACACUGAAUGACCUGGAGAAGAAGCAUGCCAUGCUGGAGAUGAAUACAAGGAGUCUGCAGCAGAAGCUGGAGACUGAGAGGGAGCAGAAGCAGAGGCUGCUGGAUGACCAAGGAAACCUGCAGCAGCAGUUAGAUGUUCAGAAGAGCCACAUCUUCCGGCUAACCCAGGGGCUGCAGGACGCUCUGGACCAGACUGACCUGCUGAAGACUGAGAGGACUGACCUGGAGUACCGGCUGGAGAACGUCCAGGCUGUGUACUCCCAUGAGAAAGUGAAGUUGGAGGGGACCAUCACCCAGCAAUCCAAACUCAUAGACUUCCUCCAGGCCAGGGUGGACCAGGGGGGCUCCAAGAAGAAAAAGGGUCUAUUUGGGCGGCGCAGAGAGGACCUGCUGGCUGCCAUGGCAUCCCAGGGCCAGUCCCAGGUGCCCCAGCAGGUGUCCCCUGCACCCUCCAUGAAGCCGGUGCCCCUGCAGUACAGUGACAUGAAAGUGUCCCUGGACAAGGAGCGCACCCGCUGCUCUGAACUGGAGGAUGCAUUGCAGAAGAUGAGACUGGAGCUGCGCGCCCUACGAGAGGAGGCGGUCCAGUACAAGCCUGUGGACCAUGGUGGUACCCCUGACACCCCUGCCACAACACGGCAGCAGAUGAUGAUGUCUGCCAUGGUGAAGUCUCCUGAGCACCAGCAGGGCCCGAGCAACCUGCUGGCUACCUCGAACUCUGGCCGCAGGAAGGAGGCUGCCACCCCCGAGGAGUACGGCCAUCGCAUGAAGGACAGUCAGAGAGACAGGGAGAGGGGGAGGCAGAGGGAGAGCAUUCACCACAACACCCCUCACUGCUUCACCGUGGGACUCAACAUGAGGGCUGCCAAGUGUACUGUGUGCCUGGAUACUGUGCACUUCGGUCGUCAGGCAGCCACCUGUAUCGAAUGUCACGCUUUGUGCCAUCCAAAAUGCUCCCGCUGUCUUCCUGCCACGUGUGGCAUGCCUGGGGACUGUGCCUUGCAUAUGGCUGAGGGGCUGUGCCGGGACAAAGGCAGUUCCCCUGGCCUGCAGCUCAAAGAGGCCAGUGGACAUGUUCGUCUGGAGGGGUGGAUGAAGCAGCCCAGGAAUGUGAAGCGUGGCCAGGGCUGGGAGAGGAAGUAUUUGGUGCUGGAUGGGACCAAGGUGACCAUCUACGAAACAGAGCCCAGAGAAGAGUCAGUGAAGCCGCUGGAGGAGUUUGAGCUGUGUCUGUCUGAUGGAGACGUGAUGGUGCAUGGUGCUGUAGGGGCGUCUGAGCUGCUCAACACCGCCAAGUCAGAUGUGCAGUAUGUGCUAAAACUGGAGUCCCACCCCCACACCUCGUGCUGGCCCGGACAGACUCUGUACUUCAUGGCUCCCAGUUUCCCAGACAAGCAGCGCUGGGUGGCCGUGCUGGAGUCUGUGGUGGCAGGGGGGCGAGCAUCCCGGGAGAAGGCUGAGGCAGAUGCAAAACUGCUGGGGAACUCUCUGCUGAAGCUGGAGGGUGAUGACAGACUUGACAUCAACUGUACACUCCCCCUUACAGACCAGAUAGUGUUAGUGGGCUCUGAGGAGGGUCUGUACGCCCUGAAUCUGAUCAAGAACUCCCUGACCCACAUCCCUGGCCUGGGCUCCGUCUUCCAGAUCCACAUCAUGAAAGAACAUGAAAAGCUGCUGAUGAUUGUUGGGGAUGAGAGGGCGCUGUGUUUGGUGGAGAUUAAAAAGGUGAAGCAGUCUCUGGCCCAGUCCCACCUGCCUGCCCAGUCUGAACUGGAACCAUUUAUCUUUGAGACGGUCAAGGGAUGCCACCUCUUCUCUGCAGGCAGAAUAGAUAAUGGGCCUUGUAUCUGUGCUGCAAUGCCUAACAAGAUUACAAUUCUGCGUUACAAUGAUAACCUCAACAAGUUCUGCAUUCGCAAGGAGAUAGAGACUCUGGAGCCCUGCAGCUGCCUCCACCUGACCAGCUACAGCAUCAUCAUCGGCACCAACAAGUUCUAUGAGGUUGAGAUGAAGCAGUAUGUUCUGGAGGAGUUCCUGGAUAAGAAGGACGUGUCUCUGGCCUCGGCGGUGUUUGCUUCCUCCUGCCACAGCUUCCCCAUCUCCAUAAUGCAGGUCACCAGCACUCUGCAGCAGGAGGAGUACCUGCUCUGCUUCCAUGAGUUUGGAGUGUUUGUGGACGCAUAUGGACGAAGGAGCCGCACUGAAGAGAUCAAAUGGAGCCGUCUGCCCCUGGCCUUCGCUUACAGAGAGCCCUACCUGUUUGUGACAUAUUUUAACUCUUUGGAUGUGAUCGAGGUUCAGGGACAUGCUGCACUUGGCCCUCCAGUGCUAGCCCACCUGGACAUCCCUAACCCCCGUUACCUGGGUCCAGCCAUCUCUUCCGGGGCCAUCUACUUGGCCUCCUCCUACCAGAACAAGCUGCGGGUCAUCUGCUGCAAGGGCAACCUGGUCAGGGAGUCUGGGGAGCUGCAGAGGACCGGCUCUAGCCGCGGCAGCCCCAGUAAGAGAGGACCACCUACAUACACAGAGCACAUCUCCAAGCGUCUGGCCUCGGGCCCUAGCAGCCAUGAGGGGCUUCACCGUGAGCCCAGCACACCGCACCGCUUCCGGGAGGGCCGAACUGAGUUCCGGCGGGACAAGUCCCCGGCACGCCCCCUGGACAGAGAGAAGUCCCCAGGCCCCAGACUGGACAGCCGCAGAGAGAGGUCCCCUGGAAGGUUUGACGAUCGCCAACGUCUACACACCGGCUCUGACCGCCGCACACAGCUCACCCCUGUCAACAAGGUGUGGGACCAGUCGUCUGUGUGAGUAACACAAGGAGAGGUUUAGGAGAGAGGAGCUGUGUGACCCUCUGUCCACUCUGCACAUGGCUACGCCAUCAAAGGGUGACCAACCAGAAAACCCAUCGCCUGUAUAUAGUGCAAUCUGGAUUCAUUUGCCAACACACUAUUGCACUGGGAAAUUUCCUUUGACAAUCUUCUCCUUUCUGAUAUGUGUAUUCAUUGCUAUGGUCCUAUGGCAGAUAGUUGUUCAACAGAGCAGCAUUAGCAGGGAACCCCUGUGGAUCUAAUGGGUCAAGGAUAUAAACCUUUAUAAGUACUAAAAUCAAAGUUGUAAAUAUUGUUCCAGUUUUUAUAGCGAAAAGGGAAUAGUAGGCUGGUAAAGGCAAGUCUAUAUUUUUUAAGGACGUGUUUCUAAUGACGUUGCAGGGAGAGAAAUCUAAUCUCAAAAUCUCAUCACCAUCCCAGAUACAAUACUGUAGUUUUUGCUUUUCUAUGGACGGUCAAUCAUGCCAACAUUUAAUCACCCAUGUAGUGUACAAAUAAUAUGGGUUCCAAGAAGUCAAAACUCAUGAGCUUUUCACUUUGUACUUGAGAAUAAGGGCUCUAUUCAAUCUGCAGCGCAGAAAUUCAGCUUUACAGCAUGAUUGAAAUGUAUAGGCAAUGUUAGCGGUUUAGCGGAGACUGUAUUCACGGUAAACGCUGCAUGUUGGCUCAAUCUGAAAUUACCUUUACAUUUCUAUCACGGAAUCUGUAACACUUCAGCUUUAAAGACUGAAUAGAGCCCUAACUGAGCAGGAUUCCAAAUUCAUUGUUUCUACAUGACCAGUCUUCUUUUUGGAUCAACUUUGUAUGGUCCUUUUCAUUAAAUGGACUUUAAUAUCUAAUUGCAUAUGAUUGCUUAAUAACAGUUAUUGUCUUACCAUACUAAUGGACAAAAUAAAUGUUAGGCUACAAGUGUUCCUUGUAUUAAAUAUACCUAAGAUGAAUAAUACGCCUAUAAAAACUUUGUCUUUGAUUUGAAACAGCAGGCAGCGGAGAUGGCUGACCAUUAGUCUGCUGCCUGCAGCUGCUUAUUAUGGUACAGAUGUCCUGUUCUUACUUCUGUGCAGUGAACUAACUAUGAAGUCCAGUAAUCGUCAGGGUUCGUCUCUAUUAUCGCUUCUUUUUCAAUUGAUAAAAUAUUACAUUUGUCACAUCAGAAGAGCAUGAGUAAUUUAGAGCAGCAGUUGCUUUUUUUUUACCUUGAUUUUUGGGUUGUGUUUUUCUGUCAUGUAUUCACAUGAAUUUGUAUUCAAUAAGUAUACAUUGUUGCAAGACAACUAAAAGGUUUUUCUUGAUUUUUGUACAUACAUUAAAGAUGAUUGAGCUACCCUGGCAAUGUGUCAAGAUAU